AUGGGGAGAAUCGAUGUUCAUCAUCAUAUACUUCCGACGGAAUACGUGCAAAAGUGGAAAGAAGUUCUUGGAAUCCCUAAAGGACUAAAGCUCCCAUCAUGGAGCGUUGAAUUGGACCUACAAUUCAUGGAUCGCAACAACAUUGAUGUCUCAAUACUAUCCCUUAGUGCUCCAGGUCUCGCAUUUGUCAAAUCGGCCGAUGAAGCUUCAAAGCUGUGCCGAUGGGUCAAUGACUAUGCGGCGGAGAUUGUGACCCGUCAUCCGCUUCGAUUUGGUUUCUUUGCAUCCCUUCCGCCACUCAACCAGAUCGACGCUUGCCUGGAGGAAGUGCGCUACUCACUCGACGUGCUCAAGGCAGAUGGAAUUGCACUUUUAUCGAGCUAUGAGGACAAGUACCUGGGCCAUGAAGACUUCCAGCCCCUUUGGAAAGAACUGCACCGUCGUAAUGCAGUAGUUUUCAUACAUCCAACCUUUGCGAAAACCUGGGGAGCUCCAUCCGACCUCACCAUUCCCCGACCCAUAAUCGAUUUCCCUCAUGAGACAACAAGAACUGCAGUUAGUCUCAUCACUUCGAACAUCAUUCAUGACUUUACAAAUUGUAAGAUCAUCCUCUCUCACGGUGGCGGCACACUUCCGUAUAUGGCGACGAGAAUUGCACACCAAACAGCCGAUCUUGGCUUGAAAGACAAAUCGGCCGACGAGUUCAUAAGAGAAGCCAAGUCGUUCUACUAUGACCUUGCGUUGACCGGGUACGAGAGUCCCGUCAAGCUUUUGCGUGACUUUGCAGAUGCAGAUCACAUUUUGUACGGAAGCGACUUUCCGUUCGCUCGGGAAGGUACCAUCGUGCCGCAGAUUGCAAAUAUCAACGCCGCGCCUAUAGAAGACAACGAGCGACAGUCUAUUGAGUCUGGUGCUGCAAGCAAACUAUUUCCGCGCCUCAACAGAUAG